AUCUCAUUCCAUCUCUCAACUUUACUCUACUCUCUCUUUACACAACCAAACAACAGCAUCAUGAGCCCAAGGCAGGUCGACGGCAAGGAUGUCGCAGAGCACAACUCGCGCGAAAAGGGCGUGUGGAUCGUCGUCCACGGCCACGUCUACGAUGUGACCGACUUCCUCGAUGAGCACCCAGGAGGUGCAGACAUCAUCCUCCGAUACGCCGGCAAGGACGCGACCGAGGAGUACGAGCCUAUCCACCCGCCAAGCGCGAUCAAGGAGAACCUCGAACCCGGCAAGCACAUUGGCCAGCUGAUCCCCGGCACGCUGCCUGAGGAGGCCAAGGCGGAGGAGGCGGCGCCGGCGGCGGCCGCCCCCGCCUCGUCAUCUCAGGCCGUUGUCCUCGCCGCGCCCGAGCCGUACGUCAAGCCCCACCUCGGCGAGAUCCUCUCGCUGCACGACUUUGAGACGGUUGCCCGUGAGACUAUGACGCGCCGCGGAUGGAACUACUACUCGUCUGGUGCCGAUGACGAGAUCACCAUGCGCGAGAACUACAACGCGUACCAGCGUGUGUGGUUCCGCCCACGCGUCCUCCGCGACGUCACAAAGAUCGACUACAGCACCAAGAUUCUGGGCUACGACUCGUCGAUGCCAGUGUACAUUACCGCCACUGCUCUCGGCAAGCUCGGCCACCCUGAGGGUGAGGUGUGCUUGACGCGCGCUGCCGCCGAGCAGGGUAUCAUCCAGAUGAUCCCCACGCUCGCUUCGUGCGGCUUCGACGAGAUGGUCGACGCCGCCCAGCCGGGCCAGGUCCAGUUCCUCCAGCUGUACGUCAACGCCGAGAAGGCGCGUACCAAGAAGAUCAUCGAGCACGCGCGCGACCGUGGCAUCAAGGCGCUGUUCAUCACCGUCGAUGCGCCGCAGCUCGGUCGUCGCGAGAAGGACAUGCGCACAAAGUUUGAGGGCAACGCGUCCGCCCACCAGACCAAGGGCGGCGACAAGGUGCAGCGCGACCAGGGCGCAGCGCGCGCCAUCUCGUCGUUCAUCGACCCCUCGCUCAACUGGAACGACGUGCCCUUCCUCCGCGAGUGCGCCGGCGACAGCAUGAAGCUCAUCCUCAAGGGCGUCCAGACGUGGGAGGACGCGGUCCUCGCCGCCGAGUUUGGCUGCGACGGCAUCGUGCUCUCCAACCACGGCGGUCGCCAGCUCGACUUUGCGCCCUCGCCCAUCACCAUCCUGCCCGAGGUCGUCGCGCAGCUCAACGCCCGCGGCCUCAUGUACCCGCGCAACAAGCCCAAGUUUGAGAUUUUCGUCGACGGCGGUGUGCGCCGCGCCACCGACGUGCUCAAGGCCGUCGCGCUCGGCGCCACGGCGGUCGGUAUCGGUCGCCCCAUGAUCUACGCCAUGAGCACGUACGGCACCGAGGGUGUCUCGCACGCGCUCCAGAUCCUCAAGGACGAGUUCCUCAUGAACAUGCGCCUCAUUGGCGCCCCGACGCUCGCCGACGUCGUCCCCGCCAUGGUCGACACCUCGGCUCUCCCCCUGCCCCGUGUCGCCCCCUCCGUCUUCGAGUCCAACUACGAGCGCAUGAGCCCGCUCGGCGUGCGCCAGCACAAACUGUAGUGUAGGGUCGGAUCAUCGUUGUCAGAUUAUCGUCAGUGUGAAU